CGGAGGGCCGCUCACGUGACACAGCCCGGAAGCGGCCGGGCGCCGGCGGAGGGAUGCUCUCGGCGGCCGCGGAGGGUCUGCUGCAGCAAGCCAGGGAGCUCGAGCACAAGGAGCUGGGCCGGUUCUGCUCCCGGGUCACCCAGCUGCUGCAGGCAGAGGACCCGGGGCCUGAGGCCACCGACGCACUGCAGAGGCUCUUUCUCAUCACCUCGGCCACCAAGUAUGACCGGAGGCUGGACCAGUCGUGCAUGGACCUGCUGCAGGGCACACUGUGCUCGCCCACGGGUCCCGAGCAGAUCCAGGUCCUGUGCGCCGCCAUCCUGCGCGAGAUGUCGCCUUGCGCGAGCCUCAGCCUGUCCUGUGAGCGCGCCCAGAGUCCCCGGCAACUGAGCCUCAUGGCUUCUGUCCUCCUGGCGCAGAGGGACAAGGGCAGAAUCAGCAGCGUGGGCCGGCACAUCUGCGGAGUCCUUGAGAGCCGGCAGCCCGAGGGGCCCGGCCUGCGGCACCUCCUCCCAGUCCUAGCCAGGGCCAUCAGCCUCAGCCCUGGCUCUCUCCAGGAAGAGCACACCAGCCUGCUCAGCAAGAGGCUGCUCGAGUGGCUGCGCCACGCCAGCGUCCACCAAGGGUUGCCCCGCACCGGGGGCUUCUUCUCCGCGCCCCGGGCUCGGCAGCCAGGCCCCAUUACCGAAGUGGACGGGGCAGUGGCUGGAGACUUCUUCACGGUGCUGUCCACAGGCCAGCGCUACACGGAGGAUCAGUGGCUGAACAUGCAGGCAUUUUCCAUGCUGCGGGCCUGGCUGCUGCAUGGCAGCCCCAGAGGCCGGGGCGGCGCCGACACAGAUGACAAGUCGGAGCUGGAGGGCUCCACCCUAUCCGUGCUGUCGGCUGCUUCCACGGCCAGCCACCUGCUGCCCCCCCGGGAGCGGCUGAGGGAAGUGGCCUUCGAGUACUGCCAGCGCCUCAUCGAGCAGAGCAGCCGGCGAGCCCUGAGGAAGGCGGAUGCGGAGCUGCAGAGAGCCUGCCUGGUGGAGGCUGUGCUGGUGCUGGACCUGCUGUGCCUCCAGGACCCCUCCUUCCUGUACCGCACGCUGGCCUGCCUGAAGACACUGCCUGCGCGCCUGAGCACGGACCCGACCUGCGUGCGGGCACUGCUGCCCCUGGCCCAGUUCUUCCUGAACCACGGGGAGGCGGCCGCAGUGGACGCCGAGGCUGCCUACCAGCACCUGUUCACCCGUGUCCCUGCGGAGCUCUUCCACAGCCCUGUACUGGCCCUGGAGUUUGUCCAGUUCUGCCGGGACAACCUACACCUGCUGGCCGGCCCACUUGGCAUCCUCCCUCGGGGCUUCCCCAACCUCCUCAAGUUCCUGGCCUGGAACAGCCCAGCCCUCACCAUGGACUUCGUGGCGCUGAUCCCGGCACUGGUGGAUGCUGGCUCGGCUGUGGAGCUGCUGCACGCACUGCUGGACCUGCCAUGCCUCGCCGCAGCCCUGGACCUGCAGCUCCGGUCGCUGCCAGCCCCUCCUGAGAGACCGCCGUGGGACACUUCCUUCAGGAACCCCAGCUGCCUGGAGGCCUUCCAGGACCCACAGCUGCAGCCUCUCUUCCAGUACCUGCUGCGUGCCGAGGCCAGGGGCUCCGUGGAGAGGCUGAGCCCGCUGUACCAGCCACUGCAGCCCAUGGCCAGCUGCGCCCGGGUGGUCCAGUGUGCCGAGGCCGUGCCCACCCUGCUUGAAGCCUUCUUCUCGGCUGUGACCCAGUUCGCUGACGGGGCCCUGGCCAACCAGCUGGCACUGCUACUGCUGGACCGGAGCGACUCGCUGUUCCAGGUGCCAGGGUUUGAGGCCCGUGUGCACAGGAUACUGAGUGUCCAGUUCCUGGCGCUGUGCCGGCUGAAACCCUCCCUGGUGGUGGAGCUGGCCCGGGAACUCCUGGACUUGGUGGGCAGUGUGAGCAGCGUGAGCAGCAAGGCCAGCCUCUUCACCUGCGUGGUAUGGGCUGUUGGCGAGUACCUGUCGGUGGCCUGUGACCAGCGCUGCACCGUGGAACAGAUCAACAGGUUCUUCGAGGCCCUGGAGGCGCUGCUAUUCGAGGUCACACAGUUGCGGCCCUCGGCCAGCGACCCCACAUGGCCGCCCCAGGUCAUCACGUCGCUCAUGACCACGCUCACCAAGCUGGCCUCCCGCAGCCAGGACCUGAUCCCCAGGGUGUCUCUGUUCCUGUCGAAGCUGAGGAGCUGGGCCCCUGGCCCCGCACACGGGAAGGAAGCGGAGGCAGUGCGCACGCGGGCCAUGGAGCUGCUGAACCUGCUGAGGAUGCCCAGUGUGGCCCAGUUCGUGCUCACACCCAGUGCAGAGGUGUGCCAGCCGCGCUACCACCGUGACACCCACAUGGCCCUGCCUCUGGCCCUGCGCACUGCCAGCCGGCUGGUGGAAAAGCAGGCCAGCCUCCUGCCCGGGUGAGGGGUCCCGUGCCC